GAAGCGAUGAAUUUUGAAUUUGAGAGGGAGAUUGGAUUCAUCAACAGCCAGCCUUCCCUUGCUGAGUGCCUGACGUCUUUCCCCGCUGUCCUGGAGUCAUUUCAAACUUCAUCAAUCAAGGACUCGACAGUAAUUCCACCUCCUUUCGAGCAAACCAUCCCCAGCCUGAGCCCUUGCACAGGCAACCAGGCGCGACCAAGGAGCCAAAAGAGAACUGCCUCCAAUGGCCUCCAGCACCGGACACAAGCUCCACCACCGACGCAGCAGCACCAGCAGGGCCCAGCCCCGCUGGCAGUCGGCGGCCCGUUGGCCCACGAGUUCCCAUGGAUGAAGGAGAAGAAAUCAUCGAAGAAGUGCCCCAAAACGGGAGCCGCUACUGCAACUGCUGUCUCUCCAUCUCCAGCAUCCUCCGGCUACUCAAAUACAGGGCUGGAGUCCCCAACAGAGACUCAAGGCGGGUUGGACAACGGCAGCGGGUCACGGCGGCUGAGGACUGCUUAUACCAAUACACAACUCCUGGAGCUGGAGAAAGAGUUUCAUUUCAACAAAUAUCUCUGCCGACCUCGGCGGGUAGAAAUUGCCGCACUGCUGGAUCUAACCGAGCGCCAGGUUAAAGUGUGGUUCCAGAACAGGCGAAUGAAGCACAAACGGCAAACUACGCACCAUCGGGACGGCAAAGAGGGUGAACCUGGGGGUUUGGAGCCACUGGAAGACGCACCAUCGCCCUACUCGAGUCAGCCUUUGGAAGCAUCUGCUUCAGGCUCCGGCUCAGGUUCCGCUCCGGCUUCGGAGAGCGAGGCAUGCCCAUCAGCCGCCUCCUACUCGAAUAACGGUGACAAUAGUCAGCCCACGCCUGACGAUAGCCAGGCGAGUCAGUUAGAGUCCGCAUCUGUCUCUGACACAACGGUCCACUCCCCCCCGUACUCGACGCCCACUGCAGAUAACCCUGCAACAAUGGGCGAGGGCCGCGCAGCUGGUCCGGACCAUUCGUUCCCAGAGCCGCAGGAUGCCACCUCCUUACCUGAUUUGAAUUUCUUUUCGGCGGACUCCUGCCUACAGAUUUCGGACGCUUUAUCGCCGAGUCUACAAAGCUCACUGGAUAGCCCAGUCGACUUCUCAGAGGAAGACUUUGACUUGUUUACGAGUACUCUUUGUACCAUAGACUUACAACAUUUACAAUUUUGA